CGAAAAUAAUAUUAAAAUAUGGAUAACCCAAACUUUGAUAAGGAAGAAGAUCAUAAGUUCAACUCUGAUGCCAUCACUUCUGCAUUUGAUCAGUUUGGUUUCUCUCAGGAUUCCAUUUGGGGAGGUUAUGGGCAGGACAAUGGCUUCCAAGGCCAAGAUUUGAACUUUAAGCAGCAGAAUUUUACCCUAGAAGGGCAUGGAAUGAAAAAUUGAGGUGACCUGCAGAAUGAGAUUCCUCAAUAUAAUUAUUCAACACAAACUCAGUAUAUAAAUAACUCAAGCCCAACACAGAAAUUUUCUCAGGAACCAAUGAUGCAUGGAUCUGCGAUUGGAAGAGAACAACCCUAUCUCAAUAUGAGAGAUAAUAAUUUGCAAAACUCUUUGCAUCCUCUAGAUGGUCAGAUCUCUCAUCAUACUGGGCCUAAUAAUCUUGGUCCUUGUCAGAUCUCUGCCCCACUUCAGCUUCAGAGAAAUCCUGAAGUCCCAAAGACUCCAAGUCCUAUUGGUCAGGAUAGAAUAUCUUCAAACUCUUUGUCAGACCAAAAAGGAGGGAAAAUGCAGCAGAUAUCUAAAAAAUUACCAAGAGUCAUUAGAUGUGUCGUAGUCCCAAUGGACCCAGAUGCCGAGCCUUAUGAGAUCAGCAUCAAGAUCAAAGGAGGAGAGACAAGUAUGAAACAGGUCUUUACGGAAGACUAUUACUAUUGGACCAAAGUUUUCAAAGGAUAUUCUCCCAUUGAGCCACCUGGCUAUAGUGUUUUCAGGAAGCAAGUUAAAGCAGAAGAAUCUCAAAACCAGAUUAUUCAAAUUUUGUUACUUAAAUGUGAAGGGCAUAAAUUUCCUAGGAACCCUAAUGCGCAUCCUUUCGAACUUCAUUGAGAGACCUUAUUCUAUGGACCUCUGGUCAUCGCUACAAAUUUGAAAGAGCAGCCAUAUUCAUUAGGUGAUUUCUCGCUGGAAGAUCUUGAACUACUCAAAGAGUUGAACAAAGAAUCAGCAAAGGAUAAACCAAACCCUUUAGAUCUCAAAAAUUACAAGAAAUGUACUCCUGAGUACCACCUCCAAGACCCUCUGCUAGACCUCGACCUCGAAAUUGAGAAUUCGAAAAUGAAGUUUGUCUUUGAUUAUUUCAAUAAAAAUUGCUCCAAACAUGAACAGCUAAAUAUGAGACCUUCCUAUGUCGACUUAGAAGAGCUAAUGGAGAGCCUAGAUAAGGAGUCUUUCUAUAUUUACAGAUUCAAGACAGAGAUGUGUCCGCAUAUAAAGAUCAAGCACAAUUACAAAGACUGCCUAUAUUUUCAUAACAUCAAGGAUUAUAGAAGGAAGCCAGAUUUUAUGAGGUAUUAUCCUGAGAGCUGAGUUAAUGGGGCUAACUGCCCUAAUAAUCCAUUUUGAGAUAUGUCACAUUCCAUAUUUGAGAAUAUGUACCAUCCUUUGAAAUACAAGGUCAAUAAUUGUGACAAAAUGAUCCACGAUAUGCACAACUCACUCGUUGUAUGUAUCAGAGGUGAUAGAUGUGCCUUUUAUCACGAUGAAGAAGAUCGUAGAAAAAUUUCAAGCAAUGGCUGCAAACUUAAUGUUAGCGAAGAAAUUAAGCAUUCAUCAAAGCAAAAGAAGAUAAAUAAACAGCAGAAAGGAAAGGCUGAUCGAUUUGUACCAUUUUCUCCAUUUGAAGAAGUGUCUCCAGAUGUCGAUGUUUAUCAAAGGAAGCACGCAAGGACUGACUAUAUGCUGAACCCUUUGCCAUCUUUAUCAAAGCCUGUUGCUGUUGGUGUAUCCAAAAGGACAAGCCAAUUUGGUGAGAAUUCAUCAAAUUAUAGUUUUAACCAGGACCCACAGAUGAAUAAUCACCAAUUUGUUCCUAGCAAUGUUAACGAGAUGCAGUAUCAGAUGCCUGUUCAACAAAGAGAAAUGCAUCGAGACUCUCUUGAAGUACCUCAAUGAGCAUCUGAUACCUUUAACGCUCCAAUUUACAACAAUCAGUUGUUCGAUGGAAACACGAUUCCCUCAAGGCAGCAUUCCUAUAGUGAAAAUGCUGCUUAUCCUUUUAAUAGGCACUACAACAGAGGGCAUGUCAUGCCAAUGAGUAGCCCAAUGGAAAUGAGGGGAAGGCCAAAUUACUCUGCUAAUUUUAAUAAUCCUUCACCAAGAUAUGAUCAUCAAGCAAUGGAGUCUACUACACCUUCGACUGAGGUGAUUGGGGCACAGAUUCCAAGCAAGAUUGAAGCGGAUCCUUUUAAAUAUCUCACAAAUGAAAGAAAUCCUUACGAAAGAAGAGCUGAUUCCUUGAAAUACCAAGCUCCUCCAGGACUCUCAGGGAUUGGUUACAGAAUGGAUGAAGGUUCUGAUAGAAGCGACUCAAGAUCUCAAAAUAAUUUCGCAGAAAAGCUGAAUGAAAAACUCCAAUCGAAUCAAAUUUUCAAAAUCCAACGCAAAAUCACUGAAGAUCAUGAGUACGAGAAUGUGUCCCAGAUGAGUUCUAAAGAAGGAAGUGAUUCCAAGCCUAAAAAAUCAAAGAUGUGUAAAAACUCUAUAGGGUUUAUUCCAAAACAUUUGAGAAGUGCUCAGAAGGCUCCUUCUGAUGAUAUAUCUGAUCUUGUUGAUAACCUUGUUAACUCUCGGAAAGCCUCAAAGGCAGAUGAGGAAGAGGAGGUUAACCCUAUUACUACUGAAAACCAGGCAAACCCCAUCGAGAAGGAUUUCAGAAAGUUAAUAGAGGACAUUUAGUACUGGCCAAUAGAAUUUAUUAUCUGUUUAUUUUUGACAUUUUGAU